GAAAGGACAGAAUCAUAUUUGCAACCAAGGAGGACCAUGAGACACCGAGCAGUGCUGAGCUGGUUGCAGAUGACCCAGAUGACCCUUAUGAAGAGCAAGGAUUGAUAUUGCCCAAUGGAGAUAUCAAUUGGAAUUGCCCAUGUCUGGGUGGAAUGGCUAGUGGUCCCUGUGGGGAGCAGUUCAAGUCAGCCUUUUCUUGUUUCCACUAUAGCUCAGAAGAAAUAAAGGGAUCAGACUGUGUGGACCAAUUCCGUGCCAUGCAGGAAUGCAUGCAAAAAUACCCAGAUCUUUACCCUCAAGAGGAUGAAAAUGAUGAGAAGUCCAGCAAGGAUUUGGAAGCUGCCUCUAUGGAGGCCUCUGCUGCCAAAGAGGAGGAAGGAUCCAGCUAAUGAAGAUGCAAGGAGGCUGUCGUCUCCAUUUCUCAUUUUCAGACAUGGACUUCUGCACUGUGUCUGUCUUCUGAGUAGUGAGGAAAUGUUCCACCAUAUUCUGUGCACUGUAUCAUAAUAAAUAAUUUAUUCCCGAAGGAGAAAUCUCAGAGCUUCAGCCUUGCAGAUAAAUGCUGCAAAAAGAGUGAGUGUGUAUGUACUGUGUAACCUGGUUUUGGACACAGUUAAAACUUUAACAGCUGUUCUUUACCCUCAAGUUUUCCUUGAGUUUUGACUUGAGUAAUGUCUUGAAGUACAUAACUUUCAAUUAAAAUUCCACUGGCACACCAGGUCUGUCUUCAUUUCAGUAUGUUCUGAUCAGUAGCUGCUUUUUAUUUAAUGUGUUCUGUUCUGUCAGUAGAAGGUACAUUAAAUGAUUGUUUUUCCUUUAAGAUUUAUUUUUUCCAAAGUGAUGCAAGACACUGAAAAUGGUCUAGGUCUAGAAUUUCUAAAAUAAUUUCAAAUGGUGUUACUAAAUUAUGGUUGCGUUUUACUACUGGCAUCAGAUCAGGACUGCCAGGAAAACUUUGAAAUGCAACGUCUUUGAUUUCAUUUACUUACUGUGAUGCCUUUUGCAUUUUUAAAAAUGGUGUAUUGUGCUACUGAUGAUUCAGAUGAAUGAAAAGAAUGUUGGUCACUGGCUUUAUUUUUGCUCUGAAAAUACAGCUUUUGGGUUCCUUUGGUUAUUACCUUCUCCUUCAAGGUAUAGAUGGGCACUUGUAAAAUACUCUGAGAUACAAUAAAUUGUUAGCUGGUGUAAUGAUCUCAAAACAGAUACUGUGACUUAAGUGCAUAUUAAAAAGAAAAUACUUUUUACCCUCACUGGAAGCUCCUGUGUCUUUGUGGUGUGGUGUUUUGUUUGGUUGGUUUUUGGUUAACACUGAUUGGAUUUGAGAACUGUUCUGUGCUUUAAGCAGAUCUCAAAUGAAUUUGUGGCUUGUGAAGUUGCUCCAGCUUGUCAGAUUUUUAUUCUUGUCUUAUUCUUUUCUCCCCAGCCCAGGCAGGAAGGCAUAAAAAACCUAAAGCUUUUUCAUUAGUUGUAGUAGACUGGACCAUGAACCAGCAAAUUAACAUGAACAGCUAUUAAUAUAUUUGAAAAUUACUUAAAAGGUACAAAUAAUGUAAUAGUUCAAUAUUGUUUAAUAGCUGUAGAUAAGCUAUACUCCAUUGUUUGUCUUUCUGAGCAAAAGAUAGGCUGUGAGAUUUUUUUUUUCAAAUGAGAUUGUGGCUGCGGUUGUUGGGUUUUUUUUCUCCCCUUGUGUUGGCUACCUCACCCAAAGCACAAAGGGUUGUAGUGUCAGUAAUGCAGCCACAAAGUCCAGCAAUGUUCAAACUCUUCCCUUUCUCUGUGGGCAGCACCCUGGAGUCCUCAGUAGCAUUAAUUCCAUGUAGCACUUUCAUGUCUUGCUUGCUUAAGUGAAUUCGGUGCCACUGAUGUUUCUGAAUGUUUGAGGGGAAUUUUGGUCAAGAUUUACAGUGUCUUGAGGUGUUUGUAUUUCAGUGCAGCUGUUGGAUCCUCAGAAAAAAGUUUGUAGGCAGUUAAGUGGCUGACAGCUACUUUGUUCUGAGGGCAGUGAUAGCAGGGAUUGUGCAUUGCUGCUUUCCAAAGAAACAAAGUGAGACAGAACUUCUCAGUGUGGCUCUUUCAGGCAUAAGAGGCCAAGUGCCAAGUUAACCUGAGUAAACAGGCACAAAAGCAGCAGAGAUAAUCUUUGGCACUUAGGCAAUAGAUGAACACUGGGCACUAAAUUAGAAAAAAAUCACAUGCACCCGAGCUUCUGGUUGUUCAAAUGGAAAUCUAGUGCACUCUGUGAGGAAGCAAAAGCUGUUUGUCAGCCGGUGCUCUGUUCUAACAAGUUGCCUCUUCUUUCUUUUUUUGCUAUGCUUUUUUUCCCCUCAUUGCCUUUGUGCUCUAAAGUGUUUGGAUGUAUCCUCUGCAACUGUAUUUGUAGCCUCUGUGUACAAAACAUAAAAUGUGGGAAUCUUGGCCUACAGUGGGUAGGGAUGUGCACCUAAUACUGACAGAGGGACCUGGGGGAUAAUCUGACACUUUGGAAGGUGUGUUCAGGAUGGAUUUGCUGCUUUCUGACUGUUGUGCUGCAUCCAGUACAAAUAUGAAGUAUGUAUAAGGAUAUUAGACCAAAAACUGUGAAAAGCACUGUGUAAUGUGUUUCAAGUGUUUUGAGAAAGGAAGUCAUAGCUUUAAUCCUAAAUAGUUCUUUGUGGAAUUUUUUUUUUUUUUUUUGCUGUGUAAACUGAUGCACUUGUGAAUGCAUUGACAAUGUAACUCCUUGUUUCUGUUUCCCAGCAUUUGCUUAAUUUGAUUUUCCUCCUAUAGUUGCAUGCCCCCAUUUUAAAUCUAAAAUCAAUCAGUGGUUAUUUUAAUAUAUAAUAAAGAUGAUAAAAUGAUCCUUG